AUGAAGAAAGGGAGAUCUUUAAAACUAUUAAAUAUGGCAACUAAUGUAAUACAGGGUCCAGAUUCAAAUCCGCUAAAUUCAGCGGAAACUGAAGUAGAAAAAUUAGAUGAUGAAUUGAUAUUGUUGAGUCAGAUGCAGAACGAAAAUGUCAGAGAUUCAGAGUUGCUUUUACCGACCAGUAACAUUGUUCAAGAUGAUUUAAGUAAAUUUCCAACAGAAAAAGAGACCCAAACUAGGUGA